AUGACCGUCUCCUUCACAGUCCUGCUCUGUCUGGGAACUCUCCCUAAGCCUAUCCUCAGUGUACAGCCAGAAUCUGUGGUUGCAGAGCAGACUACAGUGACCUUCCUGUGUGAGGGGACCAAGGGAGCCCAAGAAUACCGUCUGUAUAGAAAUGGAUAUUUCAGGAACAAAGAAAUUCCACUGAAUCCUAACAAGGCUGAAUUCUCAAUCUCAAAAAUAGCCCCUCAGGAUGCAGGGCGAUAUAACUGUCAAUACUGGACCCAUGAUGGAUGGUCACAACACAGUGACGCCCUGGAGCUGGUGGUGACAGGUGUCUACAGUAAACCCCGCCUGUCAGCCCAUCCCAGCCCUGUGGUGACUGAAGGAGGGAAAGUCAGCCUCCAGUGUGUCUCAAGGCAACCAUAUCACAAGUUAAUUAUGACCAAGGAAGGGACAAAAAAGCGCUAUUGGAUACUGGACUCAGACCAAUCUACUCAAAAGUACCAGGACUUGUUUCCUGUGGGUCCUGUGACCUCUAGCCAAAGGUGGACAUUCAGAUGCUACAGCUUUGAUAGUAACAGCCCACGGGUGUGGUCAAAACCUAGUGACCCCCUGGAGCUCCUGGUCUCAGGGGCCCUCCACAAACCCACCAUCAAGACUGAGCCAGGCCCUGUAGUCGCCUUAGGAAGCCCCAUGAACAUCUCCUGUCAGGGGACCCUGGAUGCAGAAAUGUGUUUUCUGCAUAAAGAGGGAAGCCAACAAACCUGGGGUACACAGACCCCAAAGGAGCCUGGGAACAAGUCCAUAUUCUCCAUUCCUUCUGUGACAGAGAACAAUGGGGGGCAAUAUCGCUGUUACUGUUACAGCUCAGCUGGCUGGUCAGAGCCCAGUGACACCCUGGAACUGGUGGUGACAGGAAUCUAUGACAGUAAACUCAGUCUGUCAGCACGGUCCAGCCCUGUGGUGACCUCAGGAGGGAACAUGACUCUCCAGUGUGUCUCACGGGUGUUCUAUCACAAGUUCAUUCUCACCAAGGAAGAUCAGAAGUUCUCCAGCUCCCUGAACUCACAGUAUAUACACAGUAUUAAGCAGUACCAAGCCUUAUUCUCUAUAGAUCAUGUAACAGCAGACCACAGAGGGACAUUCCGAUGCUAUGGUUACUACAAGCAAACCCCACAGCUGUGGUCAGUACCCAGUGAGCCCCUGGAAAUACACAUCUCAGGGACCCUCCACGAACCCACCAUCAAGGCUAAGCCAGGCCCUGUGGUUGCCUUAGGAAGCCCCAUGAACAUCUCCUGUCAGGGGACCCUGGAUGCAGAAAUGUGUUUUCUGCAUAAAGAGGGAAGCCAACAAACCUGGGGUACACAGACCCCAAAGGAGCCUGGGAACAAGUCCACGUUCUCCAUUCCUUCUGUGUCAGAGGACAGUGGGGGGCAAUAUCGCUGUUACUGUUACAGCUCAGCUGGCUGGUCAGAGCCCAGUGACACCCUGGAACUAGUGGUGACAGGAAUCUAUGACACUAAACCACACCUGGCAGAAUUGCCCAGCCCUGUGGUGACCUCAGGAGGGAACAUGACUCUCCAGUGUGUCUCACAGGAGAGCUAUCACAAGUUCAUUCUCACCAAGGAAGAUCAGAAGUUCUCCAGCUCCCUGAACUCACAGUAUAUAAACAGUACUAUGCAGUACCAAGCCUUAUUCUCUAUAGAUCAUGUAACAGCAGACCACAGAGGGACAUUCCGAUGCUAUGGUUACUACAAGCAAACCCCACAGCUGUGGUCAGCACCCAGUGAGCCCCUGGAAAUACACAUCUCAGGUCUGUCCAAGAAGCCCUCUCUGCUGAGUCACCAAGGCCAUUUCCUGGACCCUGGAGAGAGCCUCACCCUGCAGUGCUGCUCUGACAUCAACUAUGACAGAUUUGCUCUGUACAAGGUGGGGGAAGACAUCUUCACCAAGCGGUAUGGCCAGAGGACCCAGGUUGGCCUCACGUUGGCCAACUUCUCCCUGGGCUAUGUGAGCAGCUCUACAGGAGGCCAAUACAGAUGCUAUGGUGCACACAACCUCUCCUCUGAGUGGUCAGCCUCCAGUGAUCCCCUGGACAUCAUGAUCACAGGACAGUCUUUAGCCAUGCCUUCCCUCUCAGUGAAGCCAAACUCCACAGUGCAGUCUGGAGACAACGUGACCCUGCUGUGUCAGUCAACAUACACAACAGACACUUUCAUUCUGUCCAAGGAGGGAACAGCACACCAACCCCAGAGAAUGAAAUCAAAGUUCCGAGAUGGGGAGUUCCAGGCAGAAUUCUCCAUGAGUGCUGUGACCUCUGCCCUCUCAGGCACCUACAGUGCCCCUGUGGAGCUCUCUGUCUCAGGACACAUUGGAUCCUCCAGCCCACCAAACUCAAGUCCCUUGCCCACAGCGGGCCUGGAAAUGUACCUGAAGGCUCUGAUUGGAGUCUCUGUGGCCUUCCUCCUGUUACUCUCCAUUCUCAUCUUUCUCCUUCUCCAAAGAAGGCGUCAGGGAAAGUUCAGGAAGGAUGCCCAGAAAGAGACAGAAUUGCAGCUUCCUGCAGGAGCUGCAGAGCCAGUAACCAGAGACAGAGGCCGCCAGAAGAGAUCCAACCCAGCUGCUGCCACCCAGGAAGAAAACCUUUAUGCCUCAGUGGAGGACAUGAAACCUGAGGAUGGUGUCAAUCUGGACAGUUUGAGACCACCAGAGGAAGAGCCCCAGGGAGAGAUCCAUGACCAGGUGAAAGACACCAGGCUCAGGAGGGCAGAAGCUGUCCUAGCUUCUGUCAGGUCAAGAGAAGUCCCAGAAACAAAAGAAGAACAAGCAGAAGAGGGCAGAGAGACAGACACUCAGGCUGCUGAAUCUGAGGAUCCCCAAGAUGUGGUCUAUGCCCAGCUGUGGAGCAGGUCACUCAGACAGGGGACAGCUGCACCUCCUCCCUCCCAGGCUGCAGAAGCCCCAGAGGAGCCCACUGUAUAUGCUGCUCUGGCCGUCACUCGACCAAGUCGGAGGAGCAGUGACCCUCUGCCUGCCAGGAGGCCUGUGGAGACCUCCGAUGGAUUCUGUGACCUUUUGGGAACCUGGCUGCAUUGUAACUAA